AAAAAUAUAUCCUCAGCAACACUUUUCGUGCACAACGUAGAAGAUGACAGUUCCCGGAGAGAGUUAGGAAACGUGGCCUUAUGAGAAAAAAGAACCAAUAUUCAUGUGAAACAGGUAGCGUUGGCGAACUCAUCGACUGACCCUACGUUGCUCAAGAGAGCACACCAGCGUUCAUAGUGUUCCAGGGCUUGACAUUACAGCUAAAAUGGCAGAUGUCGACCAAGGAUCAGCAGCCCCGACUGAAAGUUCACCGGCUACGGACACCCUGAAUGGUAUCGACACAAAUGGAACCGAUGCAGCCGUCAAUGCUACAGUGGCCAAGUUCGUCGCAACACCCGAGGGCACAGCGCUGGCAUAUGGCAGCCUUGUAUUCAUGGCCCUGGUGCCAAUCUUCUUUGGAGCACUGCGCUCUGUCACCUGUUCAAAGAGCAAGGUUGGCGAGGAAAAUGGUUACGAGUACUAUCGAAACUCCUCAGAUAUGCCCGAGACCAUCACGAGCAGAGAUGCCGCACGCUUCCCCAUCAUCGCCAGCUGCACCCUGUUCGGACUCUAUCUCUUCUUCAAGGUUUUCUCAGAAGAGUACAUUAACUUGCUACUAUCAAUGUACUUCUUUGUGCUGGGGAUCCUGGCUCUCUCGCACACAAUGAGUCCCUUCAUGAACAGGGUGGUUCCUGCCAGCGUCCCCAAUAAGCAGUAUCAGCUUCUCUUCACCCAGGGCUUGGGGGAGAGCAAAGAGGAGAUCGUCAACUAUGAGUUUGACACCAGGGAUCUCUUCUGCCUGGCCAUUAGUGCUGUGGUUGGGGUCUGGUACGUCCUCAAGAAGCACUGGGUGGCCAACAAUCUCUUUGGGCUGGCCUUUGCUUUGAAUGGUGUGGAGCUGCUUCACCUGAAUAACGUCAGCACGGGCUGCAUUCUACUGGGCGGCCUGUUUGUCUAUGACAUCUUCUGGGUCUUUGGCACCAACGUCAUGGUGACAGUUGCCAAGUCAUUCGAGGCACCCAUUAAGUUGGUGUUUCCCCAGGACCUCCUGGAGAAGGGACUGGGUGCCAGCAACUUUGCCAUGCUCGGCCUGGGAGACAUCGUCAUCCCUGGCAUCUUCAUCGCACUGCUGCUCCGUUUUGAUGUUAGUUUGAAGAAGAACACCAGGACCUAUUUCUACACCAGCUUCCUGGCCUACAUCUUUGGUCUGGGCCUUACCAUCUUCGUCAUGCACACUUACAAACAUGCCCAGCCUGCUCUCCUGUACUUGGUGCCAGCCUGCGUUGGCUUCCCAGUGGUGGUUGCUCUGCUGAAGGGAGAGUUGACAGACAUGUUCAGGUAUGAGGAAACUGUUCCAGAGACAGAGACAGAGGAAAGUGAAAGCCCCAAAGAGGAGAUUACAGAGGUGGAUAAGAAAGACCAAUAAAAUGGGACGUCCUGGACCUCCAAUCCCCCCACCCCAACCCCUUCUGCCUCUGCAACUCCCUAGCCCCUCCCACCAUUACCCACCACCCUGAGCAAAACUCUCCAUCCACCUACAGAGGUGUCAGUCCCAAGAUCAGAAUGUUAAAACCCCUGUCGCAAAUUUUGAUCCAACUAGCUCUGAAUCAGCUGAUUUGUAUUGAGUACUCAGACGAGUGGUAGACGAGUGACUUAUUCUGUUUUUAGGCCGGCCAGAGCAGUGCUCAUGACUGUUCCUGAACGCUCGGCGCGAACACAUCGCUUCAUUCGAGAUUAGGAGUGGGAACGGGCACCCGCAUGGCUCUCUGUCGGUCUGAACUCACUAUAAGCUACUAGUCGCCUGUGUUGGAUGGAAAUAGUGGGAGGGGUUUUAAAAAAAUACUUCUGAGCCGGGUUUGUAUCACCUCUGUCCACCGGCCACCACAUUACAUUUCAGGAGCCAUGAUGCUACACCUCUCCGGUACGCUAGGCCCUGGGAGGAGCUGCCAUGAUGAUGCCGAUGUGUUGUGUUGUACAUUUGAAUUUGGCCCAUUUAACUCUUCUUCUCAGUUGUUGUUUAUGAUGAUGGAAUGUUUUGUAGUCUGUAAAUGGUUUAUAAAAAUGAAACUGUUUUAAAAAGAAAACGUACAACAGCUUACACAGUGCCUAUGUAUUUCUUUUUUUGUCAUUUACCUUUUUUUUUAUUUUUUGUGUUUUUGUUUUUACAUUCAUUCUUUCAUCCAUUUGAUUAUGCCUUCCUCUGUCUCGUGUUUUUUUUUUUUUUUUUUUAAGUUUGGACCUCUGUUCUUGUGAAGACCAGAGUUUACCUUCUUUUUGUCUGGAAGAUUGAAAACAAAAAUCAAGUGACAAGUUUAGUUUGUUUUAUUUAAAAAAGAAAGUGUUGUAAGAUGGGAAAUGGUCAUACAGACCAUUCGGGAGAAAAGUUGGCUGAAAAUAUAUUUUGGGGGAUGUGUGUCAAGAUGUGUCCUCUGUAUUGGUUGUGCAGUAUGGUGUUUGUUUUUUUGUUUGGGUUCAAGAAAGCCUGUAUGUGAAAACUGCACAGCGGAAUUGAAUAAGGGACAUGGUACAGAACACACAAGUGUGUAAUCAUGUGAAUGUUCUGCUCUGAUCAAUUACUUAACUACCGGUAUUUGUAUGUUCAGGAGAGGAGACCAAAGUGGGACCAAAUUAUUAGUCUUUGUAGCAGUUUUCAGUGUGUGUAUGUGUGUCUCUCUUAACGUAUGUAUAUGUGUGUAUAGCUGUCUGAGUGUGUGUGUGUGUGUGUGUGUAUGCCAGUGCCUGCUUGCGUUUUCCUUUCUUUUCCUCUUCUGCCUUCGAUAUUUUAUUUAAAAUUUCUGGUCUUUAGGAGGCGGAGGGUGUUUUGGCCUGGGCUCAGGAGACAAGAGUGUGUGACAGUUCUGUUCAGUUUUCUUUGGUUUUGUUUGUCCUUCGUCUUGAUCAUCAUCCCAUGGCCAUGAAACUCAUGCUUUGCUUGAUAAGACAUGGAUAUGUUUUUUUUCCUCCCUCCCUCCUCUCUUCCUUAUUAUUAUCAUUUCUCCUACUGUACCAGUGCAAGGUUAAGCUUCGAUCAGGAGCAGUUGUAUUUUUCUCUCACACUUUUUUAUUUGCAAUAAAUAAAGUUGUGGUGUAUUAUACCACUUGUAGACAAGCAUACAA